UCUUAGGAAGACUGUCUUCAGGUGUGUUUCUGGAGAUAGCCUCUGCAGCAAACGCAGGACGUAUCACUCAGGACACGCUACAGAAACAGAGAGUGCUUAAGAUGGGUUACCGAGAGCUAAGUCCGGAGUUGCUGGCAAGAGCCCAGAAGGAGUUGAAUGAAGACCCGAAGAGAAGGGACCAGGACAUCCAGCACAUCAAGGACUGGCUGAAGAAACAACCGCACAUCAAGGCUCGUAUGGACGACCAGUGGCUGCUGACGUUCCUGCGCGGCUGCAAGUUCUCGCUGGAGCGCACCAAGGAGAAGCUCGACAUGUACUACACGGUGCGCCGGCACCUACCAGAGCUGUUCGCCGACCGGGACCCCUUCUCUGCCGACAUACAGAAGGUCCUCUCAGCCGGGGUGUUAACGAAACUGCCACAGACAGAUGCCCAGGGCAGGCGUGUGAUCCUGAUGAACGUGGGAAAACUUCCGGCCGGAACAGUUUCCACCGAAGCUGCCUUCCGGACCAACUUCCUGGGACUCGACAUAUCACUUCUGGAGGACGACGAAGCCAUCAUCUGUGGUCAAGUGGUCAUCCAAGACAUGAAAGACAUCACGCUUGGCCAUAUGACUGCCAUUACACCCUACUUCAUGAAGCGUGUGGCUACCUGCUUCCAAGAGGCCUACCCUCUGCGACCCAAGGGAACGCACAUAAUAAACGUUCCUCCUGGUGUCGAGAAGUUUAUUAGCCUGUUCCAGAGCUUCAUGAAGGAGAAGCUGAGACGAAGGGUGUUUAUUCACUCGAGCAUGGAGACGCUGUACGAACAUAUUCCGAAGAAAAUCCUUCCUCAGGAGUACGGCGGGGAAGCGGGUCCGAUCGAGGAAAUGCAGAAGGCCUGGAAGGCUAAGGUGGAGAGCUACAGCAGCUUCUUCAAAGAGGACGCACAGUUCGGCGUGGACGAGUCGAAGCGGCCCGGCAAGCCCAAGACAAUGACCGACCUCUUUGGAUUGGAGGGAUCCUUCAGGCAGCUAUCAGUUGACUGAAAUGCCAGCGGACGUGCUCUCCCACACACCCCAUCGUGUUCGUGCAUCGUCUACUAUUCAUCAACACAAACAUAUUUUAACGAAGAACUCAGGAGUUGAGGGCACACCUGCUAUGUACACGAAAACGACCUUACUUGAGCAAUCAGACUCGAAAUCUUACUGAUGUCAAGAAAUUUUUCUUUCAUUGUCAAAUCGCAUGGAGGUGAGAGGAGGAACAGGAAAAAACGGGACACAGUCACCAUUUUCUCGCUGAAUCGUCUCCUAUUGACAGAAUUUAAAAUUUUCAAUUGAACGUCCCACCAAAAAUGUUUAGUUACAAUUUAUUAUGGGUAAGCUUAGUCGAAAUUACUUUCACUAUUGUCUAAGCUUUCUGUUUUCGAAAAUAUCUCGAUUGUAAAAACUUCAGAAUAUACUGUUAAUGUAAUGAUAAUUUUGUAGUUUUUAAGUGCCACAACUAAAUCUCGUGAUCAGUAAUUUCCUCAACUUCUGUGUACUGUACAAAGCUCUGUUUGUGCUGGUCACCAUUAAAACUGGGUGAAAGGUAGCCUGUUUAAGCCCUUUUGGACAUUAAAAUUGGAAGGUUGAAAUUUACAAAACAAAAGCUGAAGUAUUCAGAUCACAUGGCCUUCACAGUUUUUCAGAAAAGUAACAAUGUAACUUCAGAUGCUGUUUUGCAACUGCCCUUCUGACUAACUUGUCUGCUAGAAUGAAAUUUUUUUGAUGUGUACUACAUCCUCCUGAUUUUCCAGAGAAGUUGUGGGAUAUUUUAUAGGAAAAUAUAAAUGCCAGUUUAGGGCAAAACCUAAGCAGUUGGACAAUAAUUGGCAUUAGGUUCUUUCCUAGUGAGCUGCUCACUUGCUUGUCUAUGGCAAUGUGAUUGUUGUGUUUCAUUUCUGUUGCAUCUUCUGCGUAUGGAUGACAAAAGCU